AACCCCCCUCCCCCCAAAAAAGCCGUGUGCCAAUGGCCCUUAUUCCAAAUAUGUGUCCGCCCUGCUGGCUCCCCAGACACUUGAUAGCCCUCAAACAUCCCCUGAAACCCCCACAUUACAAUUGGCAGAGAUAAAAAGGGGCUAUCAUGCACACACUAUUAGUGCAACCACAGACACAACUUGUGUCACAGAAGAACAGAACAGCUCACCCUAGUGCCACUUGCUUCCCACUCCCAAGUGGCUCCUGGCUUGGCAGGAGCUGGUGACCCUUGUGACAUGGAAAGGCCUGCCAUCAAGUUUGGGAGCUAUAGAUCCAGAAAAAACACUGCCUGAGGAGGACUGUGCUAACCCAGUUCUUAUUCUUAGGAGGAUCUAAGGUUUACUUCAUUCAAACAACAACAACAACAUAUAGAAUAUUUGAUGUCAGCAAGUAAAUCUUCUAGGUAUGUGGGUUACACCAAGAACGGCUGACACUAAGAACUUUGGACUUUCCCCCUCCACAGCUCAACACACAAAGACAAAGCAACUUCAAUUUCUGCUGUCACCUCAAGUCAAAGCUGCCCACUGUAUGGAGAACAUAGUUUGUCAUUUGCCAAUGGAAGCUUUACUGCGGUAGGCAUGUAACCAUUUGACAAGCUGGUCAUCCAUAACGUCCUGCCAUAGGCUUUAAAAGGUUAUUAGACAGAUCCAUGGAGGAUAUCAGUGGCUUCUGGCUUCGUGUUGUGUCUCCAGUGUCGGAGACAAUAUGCCUUUGAAUCCCAGUCACUGGGAAUCGCAAGUGGGGAAGGUACUAUUGCAACCAGCUCCUGUUUGUGGACUUUCCAUGGGCAUCUGAUCAGCCACUGUGAGAACAGGAUGCUAGACCAGAUGGGCCACUGACCUGAUCCAGCAGGACUCUUCUUAUGUUCUUAUGCUAUCAGUGAAGACAAUUCCGCCCACAUCCAUUCCCUGUCAGAAAUCUAGGGAAGCAAUGGGAAUAAUGGACCCUCCUCACCACCUGGUAGAAGAUCACAGAUGACUGGCAAGGUAAAUUGUUACACAGCCAUAUGUAUUCCCCCUGUAUCAUCACUAUCUGGUUGAUCAUCGCCUCAUGAUCUGCACAUCAGUGAAUCAUGUCACACAGUAUUCAGACAAGCUGGAUCAAGAGAUGCAAAGACCCGAUACAUCAGCACGGAGUUGGGCAUGCGCCAGCGCCUCUUUGUGGGCGUGCUGACAUCGAAGAACACAUUGCACUCCCUCGCAGUGGCUGUGAACCGCACCUUGGGACACCGGCUGGAGCGAUUGGUCUACUUCACGGGCACCCGGGGGCGCAAGGUCCCUCACGGCAUGACGGUGGUGACGCACGGCGACGAGAGGCCCAUCUGGAACAUGUACCAGACUGUCAAGUAUGUGCUGGACCAUUACGUGGCUGACUUCGACUGGGUUUUCCUGGUGCAGGACGACACCUACACUGAGGCCCACCGUGUGAACCGCUUGGCCUCUCACCUCAGCAUUGACACUCUGCUCUACAUGGGCCGGCCAGAGGAGUUCAUUGGUGGGGACACGCAAGGGCGCUACUGCUAUGGCGGCUUCGGCUACCUGCUUUCCCGGGCCCUUCUCCUGCGGUUGCAGCCUCACCUGGAAAGCUGCCGGAACGACAUCCUGAGCGCCCAUCCCGAUGAGUGGCUGGGGCGCUGCAUCAUUGACUACACUGGGGUAGAUUGUGUGGCAGAGCGUGAGGGCCUGCAUUACCAGUACUUUGAACUUGGAAAGAACACUGACCCUGAGAGAGAGAGCGACCCGCGAUUCAACACGGCCUUCACUGUUCACCCUGUGCUGGACCCUGUCCAGAUGUACCGGCUGCACAGACAUUUUGCCCGUGUGGAACUGAAGCACACAUACCAGGAAAUCCAGCAGCUACAGCUCGAGAUUCAGAACACCAGCAGCCUGUCUGCAGAUGGCGACUUGAGUGCCACCUGGCCCAUUGGCAUCGCUCCUCCUUUCCAGCCCAAAACCCGCUUUGAGGUGCUUCGCUGGGAUUACUUCACGGAAGAGGCAGCUUUCUCUUGCAUGGAUGGAGCUCCCAAGUGCGAGCUGCGUGGUGCAGACACAGCCGACGUGGCCGACGUGGUAGCUGCAGCUGUGGAAGAGCUAAACCACCGGUACCAGCCGGUGCUGCACAUCCGGAAGCAGCAGCUGCUGAACGGCUACCGCCGCUUUGACCCGACGCGAGGCAUGGAGUACACCCUGGACCUGCAGCUGGAAGUGGUGACCCAGAAGGGGCACAGCCGGUCGCUGGCCAAGCGGGUGCACCUGCUGCGCCCUCUCAGCGAGGUGGAGAUCAUCCCAAUGCCCUAUGUGACAGAGGCCAGCCGGGUCAACGUCAUCCUGCCCCUGACAGCCCCGGAGCGAGAUUAUGCCGCACGCUUCCUGGAGGUCUAUGCUGCGGCCGCCUUUGAGAAUGCAGAGAACGCUGUGCUGACUUUCCUCUUCAUCUACGACCCCUUUGAGGCUCAGCAAGUGGCCCAGAACGACGUCUUCCGGGCGGUGAAGGCGCGCAUUGCGGAGUACGAGCGGCGCUAUGCGCAGGUGAAGAUCCCCUGGAUCAGUGUCAAGACAGAUGCUCCCUCCCAGAUCAAGGUGAUGGACAUCAUUUCCAAGAAGCACCCCGUGGACACGCUCUUCUUCGUGGCUGGUGUGGGCACUGAAGUCACGGCCGAGUUCCUCAACCGCUGCCGCAUGAACACCAUCAACAGCUGGCAGGUCUUCUUCCCCAUCCACUUCCAGGGCUACAACCCCACCAUCGCCUUCCACAACCAGCCCCCGCCUCUGUCUGGCCUGGACCUGGUGCGGGAUGCCGGCCACUUUGACCGCGACGCCUUCAGCGAAGCCUGCUUCUACAACGCCGACUACAUGGCGGCACGCACGCGCAUGGCUGCCGAUGCCCAGGACAACGAGGACAUCCUGGAGACGCUGGACAUCUACGACCUGUUUGUCAAGUACUCCAACCUGCAUGUCUUCCGGGCGGUGGAGCCGGCCCUCCUGCAGCGCUACCGGCCGCACGGCUGCAACCCGCGCCUGAGCGAGGAGCAGUACCACCGCUGUGUGCAGAGCAGCCUGGAGGGCCUGGGCUCCCGGGCGCAGCUGGCCAUGGUGCUCUUUGAACAGGAGCAGGGCAACAGCACAUGAGCCCGGGGCCGGGGCCAGCCUGCCACCUCCCCUCUCCCCCUGCGCGUCUUCCCUGUAGCGGCAGAGGACAGCGGCCCAGGAUGGCUCAGGCUGGGCCUCAAGGGAGCGGUUCUGCUUGGCUGUCCAGGUUGCCCUGUGGACCAAAAGCGGGCAUUGGCGGGUGGUCAGGAUCCAGUCCCACUUCUGCCUUGCUCUGCUCCCUUCAUGCAGGCCCAGGUCCUCCCCCCGGGCAGCAGGAUUAACAGCUGCAAGUGCCAACUGAGCAAGGGCAGGCAGGGCCUGCUGUGGGACUUCUGACUCGAAAAUCUGGCUGCUGCCUUGGUGGCACCAGGGCUUUUAGAAGAGGCUUCUGUGUGAGGGUGGGGUGGGCUGAAGCCGAGGAGGCUGGCUUGGGGUUUCUGGAUUCUGGGGCAGUAGAGGCAGGAAGGAAAGAAACUGCCCCCUCAGGAGCACUGCUUGGUCCCCUUGCUGCAGUUUGGGUCUUAACUUAAUGGACACUCCAGGUGUAGGUGCAGGAUAAUCCUCUGUGGGUGGGAGGGGCAGAGGGAUUCUGGUUGGUUAUUUUUUUCUCUUUGUCCGGUGUUGCUCCUUUUGGAAACGGUGACUCGGGCUGCUUUAGCCUCAGAUUAGGAGUGGUAGGGGCAAGAGGGUGGCACAGACCUGGUGGGUGCUUUCACUGAGAGAGUCAAGCAGCCCCCUGGUGCCAGGCUGGCUCUGGCACGGUGGGGAUGAACAGUAUUUCUGGGGCUGCCUGCCCUCUCUUUUGCCACCCGCUGGGCUGAAGGUACGUAGAUUUCGCCAAUCUUGCUGCCAUGAGUGGUUGACCCAGAACUGUUCAGCAGAGCGGGUUGUGUCAAUCAGCCUGGCGCUGGGACCAGGGCAAGGCCCAGAAAGGGUGCAGUUGUGUGUGUGCACGUGUGAGAAGGAGUUGGAGCUUGGCUCUCCAGUGGGUUUAUAUUUAACUUGGAUUUGGGACGGGUUGGUGACUAAAAUGUUGUUUUGCAUUUUAAUAAACUGGAGCGAAGCAUAAA